AUGGCUCUGACCAGUACAAAGACCGGGUUUUCUGUGAAGGACAUUUUGGACUUGCCUGACACCAAGGACGAGGACGCAUCCCCCGCGGAGGGGGGGGAAGAGACAGAGGGCUCGGGAGCCCCCCAAAAGCCCGGCGUGGUGGGCACCACCGCCUUGGACGCGGUCCCGACGCUGCCCUUGAAGAGCCCGUUCUAUGACGGCACGGAUAACCCCUACACGCGCUGGCUCGCCACCACCGACAGCAUCCAGUACUCGUUGCACGGCUUGGCGACCGGCAACUCGCAGCAGGACGCCGCGUCCAAGUCGCCCGAGCCCUCGGCGGACGAGUCCCCGGACAACGACAAGGACACGGCCGGCAGCGGCGACGCGGGCAAGAAGCGCAAGCGGCGGGUGCUCUUUUCCAAGGCGCAGACGUACGAACUGGAGCGGCGCUUCCGGCAGCAGCGGUACCUGUCGGCGCCCGAGCGCGAGCACCUGGCCAGCCUCAUCCGCCUCACGCCCACGCAGGUCAAGAUCUGGUUCCAGAACCACCGCUACAAGAUGAAGCGGGCGCGGGCCGAGAAGGGCAUGGAGGUGACGCCGCUGCCGUCGCCGCGCCGCGUGGCCGUGCCGGUGCUGGUGCGCGACGGCAAGCCGUGCCACGCGCUCAAGGCGCAGGACUUGGCCGCCGCCGCCGCCACCUUCCCGGCGGGCAUCCCCUUCUCGGCCUACAGCGCCCAGUCGCUGCAGCACGUCCAGUACAACGCGCAGUACAGCUCCUCCGGCGCCGCGCAGUACCCCUCGGCGCACCACUUGGUGCAAGCUCAGCAGUGGACUUGGUGA